AUGGCCGGAUAUGAGUGCGAGGGGUGGCCCGACUGGCUGCCGCGUCGCCCGCUGCUGCUGCAGGAGCAACCGUUGCUUCUCGAGGAGCUGCUGGAGCAGGAGAAGCGCGAACAGGAGCGCGACGGAGAGUGGGGCGGCGCGGGGGGGGCGCCCGCGGCGUCGCUGGCGGCCGGCGCGAGCGCGGCGCCCGCCGUGCCGCUGUACGGGGGCGUGGCCCCGCCGGCCCCGCCCGUGCCGCCCGACGGCGACUCGCACGCGCGGCUGGUCUACGAGCAGUGGCUCAAGCAAUACAACGCCUUUGCGGCCGACCAGCUGCGCUACUACGAGGCCGAGGUGCAGAAACUACGCAAGAUCCGCAAGUCGUUGAACAGCAAACAGCGUCAACUGAGGAAAUCCGGGAAUGAGUUGAUGCCGAACGAUGCGGCAGAACUUCAGCGUGUUUCCACUGAACAACAAGCCCUACAAAAACAUUUGGAAGCUGCCAGAAAGCAAGCUAGACAACAUAGCAUGCUUAUGCAGGAGUACGAGACAAAGCAACGUCAACAGAAUCCGCAGUUAGCUCAGCAGACUGUUAUCAACCAGCAACAAAUAACAUCGACCCAAAACACGUUCCAAAGUCAAAACCAGAAUAUUGGUCAAGCUCAGAUCCAACAGGGCGCUAUGAACAGAUCAAUGCAAAUAGGGCUUCAGGGAUCAUCCUUACAACAGCAACAGACGCUCAUUCGCACCCAACAAGCUAUUUUAUCGCCUGAUGGCCAAUUGCAACAACAGAGAAUCGGCCUGGUGACAUCACCACUUAACUCUCAAGGAAGACUUCUCCAGGGUGGCCGAACAUUGGUUAUCGAACAAGCCGGUGCACCACCACAACAGCUAGUGAGGCAGUUGUCUGGAGUGUCAGAUCGCUCGCAAUCUGUUGGGGGGAUUGUUCAAUUUGGCCAACAACUCAGAAAUGCGCUACCCCCUGGUGGUCAAACCUCGCGACCGACGGGAUCAAGACCAGUGAUGUCGCCGCUGCAUGUGCAGUCCCCACAUUCACAGUCUCCAUUACAUUCGAUCGCGCCGCAGUCCCCUCUUCACCACUUAACAUCACCGAUGCAGUCACCUCUGCAUUCCCAACAAUCGCCUCUACAUCAUACGUCUCAAUCUCCUCUGCAUUCGUCGACUCAUUCUCCAUUGCACACUCAGCAGUCGCCCAUGCAUUCACAGCAGUCUCCAAUGCACGCCCAGUCUCAAAAUCUUCCCCAGCAGAGUCCAAUGCACCCCCAACAAACAUCAAUCAAUCAUCAAUCGCAAAUGCAUCAAUCUCCUCUACACACACAAAAUCAAAUGUCCGCGCAUUCUCCGAUGCAUCAACAACAAAAUUCUAUGCAUAGUCAGCAAAGUCCUAUGCAUCCUCAACAGAGUCCGAUGCAUUCUCAGCAGAGUCCUAUGCACCCUCAACAAAGUCCGAUGCAUGCACAACAAAGUCCUCUUCAUCAACAGCAAAGCCCAAUGCAUCCUCAACAAAGUCCUAUGCAUCCACAACAAAGUCCGAUGCAUCCGCAGCAAAGUCCAAUGCAUCCCCAACAGAGUCCCAUGCAUCCGCAGCAAAGCCCAUUGCUUCCACAACAUAGUCCAAUGCAGUCGCCGAUGCAGCCUUCAAUGUCUCCGCAACACUUCUUGCAACAGUUGCAAGCACAAAGGACAAGCCCUCAGUUACCGACGCCCAGUCGAAGUCCACAGAUAUAUCAGUCGCAGAUACAAAGUCCGGCGACAUCCCAUUCACCACAGUUACAAAAUAGUGACUACGGAGCGGGGAGGUUCUCGCGCCCAGCACCGGGCUGCUCCCCGGUGCCCACUAGAUUUGCUCGACCGCCCCAUCAUCAACAAGGCAUGAGAGUUCCGUUUGGAUCGCGUCAACAAACUUCACCGCUGGGCAGUCCGCAACCCCUACCCUCGCCGGGAAAUACUUCCAACGAACUAGCUCGUCAACAAAUGCUACAACGUCAACAGUACAGUCCGAUGGGGGCUGGGCCUGGGUCUCCCCACGUUCGCACGCCCACUCCCUCCCCCUCUCCCGCUGCAUCGCCGGCGCAUCAUGACCACGGUGGUGGGCCUUCACAUGUAGCCCCCAUACCGCCCAACUACCGUUACACCAAGCCAGGCUUGCUCGGUGGCGCGCCCCCCUGGCCCACGAAAGAUGAAGACCGACGUAAACCUACCCAUCUCAGCAAAAUAUCGAUCCUAAAACGUAACGCGCCUCGCCCGCGGUUCUCCGGCAAAACUGCUGCUCCAGACGAGGACAGUGAACCUAGCGACGGAAGAAAAUUUGUUCUGUACUCUAGUGAAGCUUACAGCACGGACGCGAGAAUGAGCUACAAAGAUGACGACUUAGAUAAUUUGGUAGAUAAUUUAGACGAUGACGACAUUGUUGUAGUUGAACCGGGCGCCAUCUCUCCCCAAGAGCGCAUUGCUACUGAAGAAGAUUUUGAGGAGCUGAUCGAUAGCGGAAAACCUGAGGAUGAAGACGAAGAGGAAUGUGCAACUGAUAAAAUUACGACCAGAACUGAAACAACGACCAAAACUGUAGCAGUUAUCAGCUUAGCGACAGCAAAACAACCAGUCAGUAACAUUCAACAGUAUAAGUUGGUGAAUACUUCUCAAAAUGCGGGUCUCUCGCGGUUACCGGUUUUGAGCGCGACAGUACUCUCGCCGCAUACCAAUACCAAAAUUUUGAAUGAAGUGUCCCAAGCUACUGUUGCUUCUGUAUCGAUAGCAAAUCAAACUAUUUCUGUUCCUGUUCUGAAGAGUCUUUCUGUUCCAUUAUCGGGACAUUCUAGUGGAUUAUCAAAAACACAGAUCAAAAAAGUGCCUUUAAAUAUAACAAAUCAACCUCUGAGCUUGUCGACACAACCACUCAAUAAACCCAUGAGUUCAGUGAUUAGCGUUAUAUCUUCAAAUGUUCCUAAAGGGUCGUGUAUUAACCCUGUCAUUAACCUUGCAACCCCAAAUACCGGACAAUCACGUGUACCCGUUACUAUUAUGACACAGCACCAAGUAAAGCAAAAAAUUGUUAAAACCAUAGAGAAGCCAAUGGCACUCACUCUUUCAAACAGCAAGCUAUCCAGUUUAUCAGUUACGCACGAUGCAACAUUGCCUGCCAAAAUAUUUCAAGACGAUGUCUCGUCUCCCGAUAACACUAUUCCGUCAGAAUGUCAUAUUGAACAGAACCAGAUUUCUGCAUCGAAACAUCAUGUUUUGUUGACUAGUUUAUCGCAGGAAUCUGUCACUAAAGAUGUUAAGAAGUCAUCACUUUUAAAAGAUUCCAGUAGAGAUAUAGACAUUGAGAGUGAAAUAAGUCAACAAACUGAGUUACCCCAUACACUAUGCCUGACCGACCGAACUCCUUUGCUGUUAGGAAAAGCUGAUAUAAAAAGCCCAGACCCAAUACCGGAAAAGAUACCUGACAACAUAAUGGAAGGUGAUGAUGACGAUAAACCGGACGACAAUAUGCAUGGCAAUGUAAUUAUACCUUAUGGUAUGUCAAGCCAAGAACACCAGGUGACUGGCGACCAAAAAGAAGACAAACAAGUAGUAAAAACAAUAAAGGCGAUCGCUAAUCAAACUAAAGAAAUGGUCAUUGAUUCCAACAUGCAGAUAUCGUCAGAAAUGUCUCAAGAUUCGGUACAAAUUUCAAUACCAUCUCCAACACCUUCCCAGGAAAGGUAUCUCAAUGAUAUUACCAUGAGAGAGCAUUCAGAAACUGUGGAAGGGAACAAUAAACAUGUUGAAUCAUUCGAAGAUAUGCUGUCGAUGUUGGAUAACAUUGGUGAUGAUGGGAAAUCUUACAGUGGUAAUCAAGCCGCACCUAAAGCUCCCAAUCCGAUACAGAAACCUAACAAUACUAUUAAUAACCAAAUAACGGCGCAGGAUAGUAAAGAUUUACACGAACAAGUAUCUUUUUCUGGUAGAGAACAAGAGCGAUUAGGUGUUCAAUCCAUCACCAUACCACAAUUGUCUCCACUAUCUCAACCAGCGGAAAUGACUUCCAACAUGGCAAGCGUUUCACAACAAUUGAGAACUAUAAUGUCUUCAUUAAAUACAAAUCCAAAAGUUGACACGCAAACAUCGACAAGAACGAAUAAUGUGACUACCCCUACACAAGUAAACUAUGAGAAUUUGUUGCCGUCUUCAAAAGUUGAAGUAGCUAUGUCGCGCCCGUCUCCUGUUCAGCGUAACGAAAAACCACCGCCACAGCCAUGCUCAGAGGCUUUACCCAUGAGUGUGUCCCAAGCGAUUGGUUCACGUAUAAAUUCAUUAUCGUCUAUGGGCCAGCACAGAAAUUCACCGAAUAUUUCGCCAAUUAAUUCACCCGUUGGAAUGCAAAGUACAUUAAUGAAAUCCCCAGCUCAAUCAUCUUUAAUUACAAGUCACACAUACAGCCAGCCUGAAGAUUCGAACUUAUCAAUACAAUCUCAAAUAAUACAGAUGCCUGCUUUAUCCAAAAUCCAAAAUAAUUUUAGUUCACAGCCCAUUAUGCAUAGUAACAAUACUAUUACAACAAGUGUGAGUACUUAUCAAAAAUGCCAAUCCCAACCAACCAGCAUUUUGGGGCACACAUUGCUUCAACCCACAAGGCAAAUGAGUGCAAACAAUCUUCAGUUCAGUCAGCAAAACAUUAGCCACAGCCAACCUCCUGCUUUGGUUAUGACUUCACGAUCCAUAAUGACGAACAAAGAACCUGCCCCUAAUGUUACUGUUCGCACACACAAUAUCGUUAAUUCUGGAAUAAAUCAAAUGCAUGUUAAGCAAACUCAAGGUGCAAUCAACUUUAUAACUUCAUCUAAACUUUUACAUACGCAAUUAACUUCACCUCUGAAAAGGUCGAAGUCGACAGACGAACCCAAGAGUGAAGUUAUAGUUGGACAUAUUCAACCUACGAAACGCCACAGCGUUGAGUCAGUAAUAGUAAAAUCCGAACCCAUGGAAACUGAUGAAGCCAACAAUUCCGGAGCACCUAACGAUAAUUUGAUUAGUAAAAAUUCUCUCCAAAUUAACACCGCGAAUCAAAGAAAUGAUGAAUCUCAAAAUGUUCUACUGAAACAACUAUUACAAACGACGACGACAAGUACAACAAGUGCAGUUCCACAAAGGACUGUCACGAUUCAAAGAACUGCCCCUGCAUUAGGGACAAUACCGUCAUUGGAAGCACAGUUAGCGAGACCUUCUAUACCUCCACCUAUGUCAUUGACACAAGAAGUAGAAAUUCCUAAAAGCUCGCCAAGACAUAUCAUGACUAGUAUGAGCCAGACAUUUACUAACAGAACUAUAACAUCAAUACCCACAUCAAUACCUGCUUCAUCAAUGUCACCAAUGCUUCAUUCGUCGACUCAUUCUUUGAUGGAUGUCAGAAAAACACCACUGAAAAUUAUAAGUAAAGAGGAAAUAACUCCAGUACCUGAAUGCUCGCCAACUAUGAAAACGAUACCUAUGUAUCCAAUGAACAUUGAGAACCAGCAAAUGAUGCAGCAACAACAACAACAACCAGUAAUUAAGAAGGAAGUGCUCCCACCACAGCAAAGUCCAGUUCAUAGACCUUAUACGCCAAUGGAUGUUAAAAGAGAAUUGAUUGAUGAUAGCUCACAACAGUCUGCAACAUCAGGCCACUCUACUGCAUCAGAUCAAGGGAAACUGGAUCAACCAAUGAAGGAAGAAUAUACUGAAAGUGUUAUCAUGGACAAUACUUCGGAAAUAAACCCCGCCGAAACACCUUCAGAAGCGAAAAAGCGUAAAAGGAGAGAAUAUCAGCAGAAAAAAAGGAAGCAACUUCAGAUGAAUUCAAAAGCUGCUGCAGAAAAUGGUAUAAAUGCCACAGCUAAGAAACGACCCCGCAAAGGUUCAAGAUAUGAAGAAGAUUACGAUACCUUUAUUGACAAUUUGAUGGGACAGUUACGGCUUUUACCACCAAUGCAAAUACAGGAGCCUGCUCUUACAACAAAUUUUGCAGUUUGUCCUCUAUUUGGCUCUGGUGAUUUAACGAAACUAAAAAAUAAAGACUAUGACAUAUUAAAAGGCGACCUUGUAGGAGAGUUUGGAAAUGCGAAAAUUCCUAACGUGGCAGAUUACUAUAAUACGAAACCGUUCGGUGAUGAGGAACCAAUACCCGAAAAGCCUCCAGCAUCAACCCAAAGAGGCUUUUAUGAUCAAGAAUUUCAGCCAAUUCUAUUUGAAGAAGAUCCAGAAGAGAAAAAAUUGGAAUUCAUUUGUAAGGAGCGCGAUACAGAUACUCCUGACACCAUUGUAAGUUGUUCUAGCCCUGAAGGGUUUGAUAUAGAUCCCGAUGAUACAUUCCCCGGGCUUAAACUUAUUGACGAUGACGAAGAAGAAGAAGGUGACGACGAAAAGCUUUUGUCGGGUCGAAUCUCACCAAUUAUACCGCUCAUUGCUCCAAUACCAAUAAGAGUUAAAUCCUUAUCACAAUAUCAAAUAAAGGAUGAGGAAGAAUCUCAGAAACCCAUAAAGUCUUUAGAUAGUGAUGCUCUUGUUAAAACUAAAAUAGAAGGUUCUCCGGGAAGUACAGAAAGUAAUGAAAAUGUUACUGUGACACUUACACUCACUUCGGGUGCUGCUGAAGAUAUCUUAGGAGUACUAAAAGAACUUGCUGGAAUAUUACAUAUUCCGCCCCCAACUUCAUACCAAAUAGUGGAGCGUACUGCGACUCCACCGUCGCAUAAAUUAGGCCUUUAUAGAUCAAAAGGCAAGGAUGGAAAAGAAGGAGCGCCCAUCGAUAUUCAAAGCAUUCUCAACGGUGCGGCUAAAUUCUGUCGACACUGUGAUGUUGUUAUAUUAGAUUCUGUUGUAAGAGCAAAGGCGUCAGAGUUUCCUUUACUCUCGGCAAAUAAAGGUAAUGCAGAAGAAAUUCUAUGUGAUAGUGAUUCUGAUUUAUAUUUCUGUAGUACUCAAUGCUACGAGCGUUUCGCAUGGCGCCCCACCAACAUCAUUCUGGACGGCAGAACGAAGACCUCUAUCAAAGAAGAUAACAAAUCAGACAUAGAAACUAAUCUAUCUAAAGAUAGAGAUGACUUUGACACGGCCUCCACAGAGAGUAUGGAAACAGAUGACUUGGAUAUAAAACCUGACAUAAAAGAUGAGAAGAUGGAUUUAUCUUUUAUAGAUUCGCUGGACAACGACGAACUGAUGAAGGAAGUGGGCGAUGACGUAUCGGCUCUCGACGAAGACUUGAAAAACGGCGAAGACGAUAAAAGCAAUCAAAGUGUGGAAAAGGAUAAGCAUAAAGGAGUUCGCUAUAAAUAUUGGUCUCCGGGAUGUAUCGGACCGCCCGUUAAGUACAAGCGGCCGACUGAUAGAGAGUUGACCGAGCUAGUGUUUCGCACGGGCGUGGCGAUAAUGCCGGUGACGAACGAGGACACGCGGAAGUGCGAACUGUGCGGGAUCCAGGGCGACGGCGUGGCUGACGGCGUGUCGAGGUUGUUGAACAGUGACGUGGACCGGUGGGUGCACCUGAACUGCGCGCUGUGGUCAGUGGGCGUGUACGAGACGGUGAGCGGCGCUCUCAUGAACGUGGACAACGCGCUGGCGGCCGGCUCGAGCGCCACGUGCGCCGUGUGCCGCCGCCUCGGAGCGACGGUGCGGUGCUUUAAGGUGCGCUGCGGCAGCGUCUACCACCUGGGCUGCGCGGUCAAGGACAACUGCGUGUUUUACAAGAACAAGACAGCUUUUUGCUCGUCACAUGCUCCUAAGAACGAGAAAGACAACGAGCUAACGACGCUGAGCGUACAGCGGCGCGUGUACAUCGCCCGCGACGAGCAGCGGCAGGUCGCAUCCGUGAUGUUGCACUCCGACACCAACCACCUCAUCCGCGCCGGCGGCCUCAUCUUCCUGAGCCCCGGCCACCUGCUGCCGCACCAGCUGCUCACCUUCCACACGCCCAACUAUAUAUAUCCUAUCGGAUACAAGAUUGUACGUUUCUACUGGUCGAUGAGUCGAUCCAACAGCCGCUGCCGCUACGUGUGUUGGAUCUCGGAGGAGGACGGGCGACCGCGGUUCCACGUGCGUGCGCAAGACGACGCCCGCCAUGAGAUGUGCGCACCAACCCCGCGCGCCGCGUGGGCUGCCGUGCUAGAUGCAGUAGCAGCAUUACGGGAAGGCAGAAACGAAGAAGGAGUGCUGAAGCUUUGGCCCAACUAUGUGACCGGGGAGGAUCUGUUUGGCCUGACCGAGCCUGCCGUCGUUCGAGUUCUCGAGAGUUUACCAGGCGUGGAGACCCUGACGGACUACCGGUUCAAGUUCGGGCGGUCGGCGCUGCUGGAGGGUGGGCUGGCCGUCAACCCGUCGGGCAGCGCGCGCUGUGAGCCGCGGGACGUGCGGGCCUGCCGCCGCGUGCCGCACCGCACGCCGCACCGCGCGCCGCCGCCGCCGCCGCCCGCCGGCGACGCCGCCGCCUGCCCCUACUCCAAGCAGUUCGUGCACUCCAAGAGCAGCCAGUACAAGAAGAUGAAGCUCGAGUGGCGCAACAACGUGUACCUGGCUAGGUGA